CCUAGGGUCACGUGGUAUGCGCAAACAGACCGUUGUAUAACAUGGCCACGUGACCGAGAGCUGCCGACACUCUGUGCAGGUGAAGCCGUUCAUUCAGUACCCGGCACGGCGUCUGGCGUCCACACUCCACCAGGUAGGUCACUAACGGACAGAAUGGAAGCAGUGAUCUUAGUGUUGUCCAUCUUCAUCUCGCUGUCGGGAUGUCACGUGACCCGUGUAGAAGAAUUUCAUCAACACGCAGAUGUCAAGCAGGUAGACCCAAACAAAGUAUGGUUGUUUGCUGUGGGUGGACGAAAGCGCCCGUACAACUUCUUAGACGACCUGGGACAGCUGACGGGGUUCGAUGUUGAUCUUGUUAAUGCAGUCUGCACUGUAGCGGGACGGAAGUGUUCCAUGGUUCUAGCUGAGUUCACGGAGUGCACCUUCACCAACAGGAACAUCAACUACCCAGGGAGAGGACUGAUGGCCGGAUGGUUCGACGCGUGUCCUGGGUACGCCAUCACCGCCGACCGCCAGAGCGGCUUCGACUUCACCUCUGCCUAUCUCAGCACCGUCUCCACCUUCACUGUGGCGCCUGGAAACCCCGACGGAUUCGAUCCCAAGGCUGCCGACUACUCCAACUUUACACUCACUCAUCUGACAGGCGCCCCUACAAACGCGCAGUGUUUAAACCGUCUCAAGAAGAAGUACGACCGUAUCAUCGUCGCGGCCAACCUCCCCGACGCCAAGGGACUCCUGCUCAGUGACACGGCCCAGGCACUAUUUUCUCCGCGGACGAAUAUCACUGGUCUUGACACUCUGCCCAACAUUUUCUCGUGUGACGAGGGCGGGGCCGGGGUCAUGGUCAAGAAGGGGAGUGAACUCCCAAGUUGGUGGAAUCCAGCGUUCCAGUCUCUCUAUUUGUCUGGCGGUUACAACUCCCUGUGUACUAAUGCCCAGGUCAAGUAUAAUUAUAAGGUGAGAUGCCUGCCGCCUCCUGCAUCACAGCCUCAAGAGGUCUUGAAGACGGACAGCCUUAAUCCCUGGUGGCGAGACAUUAAGACUAGACGCAACCAUUAACUCAGGAAGGACUCUUACAGAUAUUUGUAUUUCAACACUCAACUUCUACAUACAGUCAACCCUGACCAACAUACGAAACAUCUUUAAUCCGGAUGUUCCCGGUAAAAGCGUCAAAACUAGCACAAUGUCCGGAUUUAACGAGUCAUGGUUAAGGAUUGUCAGCCCAUCGUAUACACGUUCCAGCAGGUAUAUUUUAGGGGUGUUUCCGGAUUUGCGGGGUCCUGAAUAACGAGGUUACAUUGUACACAGUUCUGCCACAGAUAUCUGUUUACCUGAAGUAUCCAUCGUAGUCCUGGACACCAGUACCUUGCUGUAUUAAUAGAUCAGAUGGUAGAGCCAUUCACUGCCGUAU